AGCAGUUGUUCUUCGACAAACACUUGAAGCAGCUAAUGAUGAAAGUUGCAGCAUCAAUCGCCAUAAUUGUUGUAGGCCUUGCGCCUUACGUCGUGUCGGACAAGUGUCAUCUACGCGAAUUGGAUUUGUGCGCUGCUUCAGCAGCUGGAGUCUCGAAAGUUCCUGCUACCGACGCAGACAUCGACAAGUAUUGCUCAGUCGGUCAAGAAGCCAAGGAAUGCGUCAACCAGUACACAUCACAGUGCGCGACUCCCAUCCAAAAGGAGAUUAUUGCCUGGGCUACCAAGGAUCCACUCCGUAGCAGCGAGGAAUUCUGUAAAAAAGGAAGUAAGGUCCGCGGCGACUACUUGAAACACGCUCCAUGCUUGGCCAAGGCUCAACCCGAGGGCAAAAAAUGCGUCGAUGAUAUCCAUGCGGGCCUCGAGAAACUCGAGAAAGCCAAGUUCUCCGAUCGCAUCCCCACGGCUUGUUGUUUGUAUCAGCGCUACCAGAAAUGUUCUACUGAAGUCGUCGAGUCUCAAUGUGGAAAGGAGUCUAUAGAAUUCGGACUCGGCCUCCUCCAGCGCAACUCCGGCACCACGUUGAGCGUUCUCUGCCAAGGUUUCGAGAACAAUCCCCGCUGCGAUUCUCUCCUCCCACCCCCUGGGACCAAGGCUUCCGGGAAUUCCAAAUCGAUCGUUUCCAAACUCUUCAGCGCUUACGUCAACUCUUAGAAUCUGGACGCUCCUCAUCCCGGCUCUCGGCUUUCGAAAAACGAGAGCAGAAGCCGAUUGGUAUCAGGAGAAGAAACCUCAACCGGAUAGUAGUCCGUGAGGAUAAUAAAGCGAACUCAAUUUUCCCUGAAA